AUGAUCUUGACACCAUUCCACAACAUUGACACAGCUACAAAGACCCAGGAAGAUCUCAUUUUUAGAUGCAAGCGUGAAGCUUCAGGAAAAGAAAAGAAGUCUGAUUCAGUAGAUCUAAAAUUUGAAGCUUUAGAACCAGAUUCAGACCCAUGUUCAUAUGAAACACCAAUAUUUGAACUUGAAUUUUAUAUUGUACUUUAUCUUAUUCACUAUUAA